UUAGUAUAAUAAUUAGUAUAUUACUUAUAUAAUAAAUCAUCUGACAAUUGUGCAACAAUUGGAUAAUUGUUAUAUUUAUCACGGAACAAAUAUCUGUCGAGUAAGAUAUUUUCUAUCGACGGAGAGAGGUGAUAAUUCUCAAUUACCAAUGACGAUCUCUCGCAUCAAUGAGCAGUCGGAUAUGAAGAGGAAGGAACGGAAGAUUGAGAGCGAUUCUACAAGACAUUGGAAGCACUCUUCUGACGAGGAUGAUGGUAUCAAGCGAUUCCACGGCGACGGGCUCGUCGUCAGAAUGCAUUCGAAUCACCGUGUGUUGGAGAUCACAGGCGAUGGUUGCUGGAUCGUUCUAUCGAAGAAUUCUGGCAGCAUUCACAUCAUCGGUGACGGUUGUAAGCUACAUGUAAAUCAUAACGUGGGCGAUAUCGAAUAUAUUGGCGACGGCGGACGGGUCCUUCUUGGACCGGACUCUUCUAAAGAAAAGGUAAAAUUCGUGGGCGACGGCGGAAAGGUGAUCCUUGAUUCGAGUUCUGAAACAGACUCGAAAAGAGAAAAAGAGAGAGGGUCUACGAAAGAACAAAGAAGUAGGGAGACCUACGUGCAAGACUGUAUGUGUCCAUUAGAAUCUAAGGAAAUUAUUAACAAGAUACCAGAAUGCGAAGAUGAUCACGGAAUGCCGCAUAUGGACAAUAUCUUGAACGAUAUGAAGGAGAGGAGUCAAAGGGAAUACGGAAAGCGCAACGAGGAAACACGGAAAUCCUUGCGGCAUCCAACCGUUACGAAGAUCAUCACGAAGAUCCAAAGCGACGGUCAAUGCGUAACGAAACGCUUCGGCGAUUCUUCGUUGAUCGUUAAUUCCCGUGGUCGUCCCGUGACGAAAAGUGUGUCGAGAACUUCGGGUACGAAUAUCGAACUCAAGUGA